AUGGCUGAGGCCUCACUCCCAGAGCUGCGGGGAGACUUGGAGGCCACGCCUUGUCCCAGUGUCCUGGAGCUGGAGGAGCUCCUGAGGGCCGGGAAGGCCUCUUGCAGCCGUGUGGAUGAAGUCUGGCCUAACCUUUUCAUAGGAGAUGCGGCCACGGCAAACAACCGCUUUGAGCUGUGGAAGCUGGGGAUCACCCACGUGCUGAACGCUGCCCAUGGGGGCCUCUACUGCCAGGGCGGCCCCGACUUCUACGGCAGCAGUGUGAGCUACCUGGGGGUGCCAGCCUACGACCUCCCCGAUUUCGAUAUCAGCACCUACUUCUCCUCUGCAGCAGACUUCAUCCACCAAGCCCUCAGCACCUCCGGGGCCAGGGCCGUUGGACCACAUGCUAAAUCGGUGAGCUGCUCUGUGAGUCAGGCGGCCCUGGCCGGGUCGGGAAAGUCCUGUCUACUGACACCUGAACGCCUGAGAGCGGCAGAUGCAUCCCAGGAAGCAGGGACAGCACUGGCUAAGGCUGCAGACCAGAGACCACAACAGAAAGUGUUUCCUGAGCUGAGGGUGUGGGUGUCCCGUGAAACAGGCUGCAGGCUCACCUCUGGGUGA